AAAUUACGAAGAAGUGUCGAAAGUGCGAGUACGGAAGCUCGGGGCGCGAGGGGCGGGGCGUGUGCGGGACAAAGGGAAGCGAAGCUGAAGCUGCGGGCGCUCUGCUUGCCCGCGGUGUCUCAGAUUCAUUCUUAAGGAACUGAGAACUUAAAUCUUCCAAAAUGUCAAAAAGACCAUCUUAUGCCCCACCUCCCACCCCAGCUCCUGCAACACAAAUGCCCAGCACACCAGGGUUUGUGGGAUACAAUCCAUACAGUCAUCUCGCCUACAACAACUACAGGCUGGGAGGGAACCCGGGCACCAACAGCCGGGUCACGGCAUCCUCUGGUAUUACGAUUCCAAAACCCCCAAAGCCACCAGAUAAGCCGCUGAUGCCCUACAUGAGGUACAGCAGAAAGGUCUGGGACCAAGUUAAGGCUUCCAACCCUGACCUAAAGUUGUGGGAGAUCGGCAAGAUUAUUGGUGGCAUGUGGCGAGAUCUCACUGAUGAAGAAAAACAAGAAUAUUUAAACGAAUACGAAGCCGAAAAGAUAGAGUACAAUGAAUCUAUGAAGGCCUAUCAUAACUCCCCUGCAUACCUUGCUUACAUAAAUGCGAAAAGUCGCGCAGAAGCUGCUUUAGAGGAGGAAAGUCGACAGAGACAGUCUCGCAUGGAGAAAGGAGAACCUUACAUGAGCAUUCAGCCUGCUGAAGAUCCGGAUGAUUAUGAUGAUGGCUUUUCAAUGAAGCAUACAGCCACCGCCCGUUUCCAGAGAAACCACCGCCUCAUCAGUGAAAUCCUUAGUGAGAGUGUGGUGCCAGACGUUCGGUCAGUUGUCACAACAGCUAGAAUGCAGGUCCUCAAACGACAGGUCCAGUCCUUAAUGGUUCACCAGCGAAAACUAGAAGCUGAACUUCUUCAAAUAGAGGAGCGACACCAGGAAAAGAAGAGGAAAUUCCUGGAAAGCACAGAUUCCUUUAACAAUGAACUUAAAAGGUUGUGCGGUUUGAAGGUAGAAGUGGACAUGGAGAAAAUUGCAGCUGAAAUUGCACAGGCAGAGGAACAGGCCCGCAAAAGGCAGGAGGAAAGGGAGAAAGAGGCAGCAGAGCAGGCCGAACGCAGUCAGGGCAGCACUGUUCCCGAGGAAGAGCAAGCAGCUAAUAAAACCGAAGAAAAGAAGGAAGACGAAAGCAUUCCAAUGGAGACAGAGGAGCCCCACCUUGAAGAAACGACAGAAAGCCAACAGAACGGUGAAGAAGGCACGUCAACUCCCGAGGAUAAGGAGAGUGGGCACGAGGGGGUUGACAGUAUGGCAGAGGAAGGAACCAGUGACAGUAACACCGGCUCAGAGAGCAACAGCGCCACAGUGGAGGAGCCACCGACAGAUCCCAUGCCAGAAGAUGAGAAAAAAGAAUGAAUGUUGCCUUGAUUUAUGUCUUCUAAAUACUUUUUUAAAUGAAAUAAUGCUUUUUUGAGUUUUAA